AUGCAAGUUUUAACGUCAUUCUCAACAUUCAAGAGAGAGGCUCUUCUGAUUUUUAUCGGAACUUGGAUAGCGGUGAUUAAAGCUGAAGAGCCUUCUAUCCCAUCAGAAUGUAUCACUUACAACACAUUAAAUGAUUCAAGCCGAUACUGGGGCACAAGGGGAAACAACAAAUGCGACCAACAUCUGGUCAGCGGCCACUGGUAUCGCUUCAUGGGGGCUGCUGGCGUGAUGAUGGCUACUUAUUGUAUUCCACAACAAAGUUGCGACUCUUAUAUUUCUGGCUGGAUCAGUGGCCAUCAUCCCAACAACGCUUUCGAGAAGGUCUCGGGAUCAGCUUGCAUGCAUUAUGGCUUAGACUGCUGUUAUUAUUCUUACAACAUUGAAAUUCGUAACUGCAGUGGAUAUUACGUUUAUGCACUACCGUCCACCACUCAACAAUGUAAUGCACGGUACUGCGGCGUCAACGAUGAGAAUGAUGCUUGUCCAGUCAUUGCGGGCUCAACGGAAUGUUCCUGUCCAUCAGGCUAUUCGGGUACACCAUGCCAAGAUAUCGAUGAAUGCACAAACCACACUCAUGACUGUCACCAAGCGGCAAUUUGUACCAACACUGAUGGUGCGUUUAUUUGCAGCUGCAAGGAAGGAUUCUCGGGGGAUGGUCGACAGUGCACAGAUAUUGAUGAAUGCACAGCUGCAACUCCCAACUGUCAUUCGAAAGCGAAUUGUUCUAACACUCUAGGUUCUUUCGUCUGUGCCUGUUUUCAAGGAUAUUCAGGAGAUGGUGUUAAUUGUACCGAUAUUGAUGAAUGUGCCACGGCAACCCACAACUGCAAUGGUGUAGCUCACUGUUACAACAAUAAUGGCUCCUUCACCUGCAAGUGUAGGACAGGUUAUCAUGGUGACGGGCUCUCUUGUAAGCCCUUAGGAGACUUCUCUGUAGCGAUAAGAAACAUCUCCAAGGACAAAUACAAGGCAACUGUUAUAAAGCGUUCUGAGAAAAGUGUCUAUCAGGCUAAUAUUGCAGGACUACGAGAUGAUGUAUCUAUACUGGAAAGCAUCAUGGAAUGGCGCUUAAUUAGCGAACGGGAGCUGGAAUUUUUUGAGUCACCAAAUGGAACAUUAGUCAGUCAAGGAACAACACAAUGGACCAUAAAAAGGCGAUCCAUUCUGGCUGGCAUCUAUCAAGUCAAAUUCACUGCUUCUAUCACAAUUGGGGAUCUAGAUGCCUCACAAAUUCUCACUGCUUUUGACUAUGGUUUUAUAGAAGUUGUCAAAGGUCCUGUACGAGCUAUAAUCGACGGAGGAAGCAAAGUUCGCUGGUCGUCGAGCAAAGCUGUUACAGUGGACGGUUCACUUAGUUACGACGCGGAUAUUGGACCCGGAAACCACACUGGAGUUAACUUCACCUGGUCUUGUUAUGACCCUGUAAAAAACUUCUCCUUCAGCAAUGAUUGUUUCGGGUCUUUUGUCGGAGAAAGUAACUUAACAGCAGUAAGAAUUGAUCCUAAAAGACUUACAUUUGGUAAUAAAACCUACGUUCUCAGGCUGACUGUGUCUAAGGAUGAUAGAAGUGACUUUGCGGAAAUGUCCUUUGAGAUUGCCGCUAACGAAAUACCUCAAAUCAGUCUAAGGUGUUUUGUCGACUGUGGCGCAAUUGUGUCGGCUUCUAACAAGCUUCGAGUAACGUCAGAAUGUCUCAAUUCGCCUUGCAAUGGUUCAGAGUACAGGUGGCUUUUAAAUAGAAUGGAUUUGCAUUCCAAUCGGUGGGAACCAGUAACUAAUUUAUCCAACAUGACAUCAACUGCAAUAAAUGCUACCAACAUGAUCAUUAGAAAGAAUUCUUUGAAGUCGAAUUCCAAAUAUAGCUUGGCUUUAUUUGCAACAUCGCCAGGAGGAACAGAGGGGUUUGCAGUGCUCGAGUUUGAGACCGCUGGACAGCCGCACAGUGGGUACUGCAGGCCAUCAGCCGUAGAGGGCGUGUCUAUGGAGACGGAGUUCUUAUUUGAAUGCUACGGUUGGCAAGAUAAAAGUACACCGCUGACCUAUGAAUUUCGCGCUGAAGAAGAUCCAAUUUCUUACGGCAUUUCUUCAAAGUCAGUGACGACAGUUUUACCUUCUGGCUCACCUGAAAACGAUUACAAAUUAACAGUCAAUGUCAUCAUCAAGAAUGCUGUUGGGGUGGCUGUUGUUGAGAAAUUUGCCGUAAAGAUUUCCAGCACUUUAGUGGAAAAAUUUACUUCCAUUACGCCGGAGGACCUUCAGAUGUCUCGAAUGAUUAUGAGUGUGGUCAGAAUGGCAGGGGGAGACCAAGAAACCAAGGACUGUGAUAGCUGUGGAAAAACUGCGAACGAAACGAUGAAAUUGACUGAUACGACAACAGAAUUGCUGAGAUAUGCUCUUGGUGACAUUGAGGAGCCUUUUUCUGCGGAGUUAGAGGAAUCGGCGAAGAGUAUGACGGCAUGUCUCAAGAAUGUUCUUCAAUCGACUUCGAGAUCGAAUAAUGCAAGCGGAUAUUCCACGGAAAACACCAUUACUCUCACUGAAAAGGAUAGUGUGAAAAAGGCUGUUCAAAAGUUGGACGCUAUGAACGAUGCAUUCUUUGCUCGCCUGGUUCCCUCAGAAAAUCUUGUACUUGAAUCGCCCGGCUUGACAACAUCCCUAAAGAAGGUGUCCGCUAAUGACGUUAAGGGUCUAGGUAUGGAAUACGGGCCUACAAAAUUUAAAUUACCAGGAGACCUAGGAAAUGUGGGCGAUGGAAAUAUCAAUGCAAAGAUGAAAGCUGUUGAUUUUAAUCCAUUCAGCUGGGAUAACAGCAGCACGAAAGUCCAAUCCAGUGUUAUAAGUCUUGAACUUCAAUCGGAAAAUGGAGCAAAACUGAAUGUUACAAACCUGGAUAACUACAUCGAAAUCGUCAUCCCACUUUCCAGCCCACCCUCAAAGACCAACAACAAAACAGUGAUCGAACAUCAUUUCCUGAAGCCCCACCAAUUGACUGUCCGAAGCUACUACGCAGAGCUAGCAGAUGUGCCUGUUUUCAUCACGUUAGGCGUACUAGGAACAAACACAUCUAUUAAAUUGCUUGUGAAAUUUGGAUCGAGGCCUUCAACGGAGAGCUCUGAUCUUAACGUCACUGUUAGGUUCACUUCGAUGUGCGGGAACAUGACUAAGGUCGUACCGAACGAAUCUUCUUGCCAUCUCGACGAGAAAACCAUCACAGUUCUUCCGACGAAACCAACUCUCAUAUAUAUUGGUUUAUUGUUGGAGUUAUCAAAAACUGAAAGCAAACAUGCAAGAGAGAAGAGGUCCUGCUUUGGCCAAGGGCGUCAGAGAAGAUCCUGUGUUGGUGUCAAAGAUCCUCCCCCUAAAGGUGUCCAUCAGACGGUACCUCAAUAUGACCCACGCUCUGAUGUCAACUACACUUUCACUGUAACUCAGUCGAGUUGUUUGUAUUGGUCUGAAGAUGAGGAAAAGUGGACUUCUGAUGGUUGCAAGGUCGAUUCAGGUUCCAACACAACGCAUCUCAAAUGCCUUUGCAAUCAUUUGACGUCUUUUGGUGGAAACUUCAUUCAAAAACCCAAUCCUAUUGAUUUUGACAGAGUUUUCACAGAGUUCUCGCGUCUUAGUGAGUCUGGCAACAUAUCGGUGCUUGUGACAAUUGCAUGUGUGUUCCUCACCUAUUUCAUCGUGUUGGUGUUUGCGAGGAGAGCUGACAGAAAAGAUGAGAGCAACAUUUGCUCACCACAACGUGUAAAUAUUGCUGAUGAAGGAAUUUACUAUUACGACAUGGUUAUUAGUACUGGCGUCUGGAGGGAUUCAGCAACAACUGCAAACGUAACAAUUAGCAUAAAAGGGGAAAAUGAAGAUCACGAUCAAAUUCCCCUGCGACGAAAUGGAGGUUUGAACCUUAUGUUCGGUCGAGGAAGUGUAAAUGGUUUUGUCCUAGUUACCAAUGAAUCGUUAGGAAAUUUAAAUGAAAUAACUUUGGAGCACGAUAAUUCGGGAGAGAGUCCAUCUUGGUUUGUAGAGGCAGUGGUAAUAAGAGACAGACAAACGAAGGAUCAGUGGGUGUUCCCCGUAAAUAGAUGGCUUGCUCUAGAAAAAGACGAUGGGCAAAUAGAGGUUAGCGUAGAAAGCAAAGGUGUUACUUCCUUCUCGGCAGAGGUGAGAUCACGCUUCGGAAGGAAACUAGCCGACAGUCAUUUGUGGAUGUCAGUGUUUGGAAAAGCGUGCAAUAGUACUUUCACGCGCGUGCAAAGAGCGUCGUGUUGUCUUUCAGUUCUCUUCAGUGCCAUGAUUGCUAAUGCCAUGUUUUACAACAUUGGUGGAGAGUCGGUAGGAGCAAUACAGAUCGGACCAUUCAAAUUUUCCUCGAGACAGAUAGUCAUUGGAGUACAAAGUAGCAUCAUAGUCGCACCAGUGAACGUCCUCAUCGUGUUUCUGUUUAAGUCUAGCAGAACCAAAGAGAAAAAAGCAGACAAAUAUGAAGAAUCCUACCAAGUACAACAACUCAUCGAUGAAGUAAACGGUAAAGGCUGUAUGCUGCCUCAUUUCUGUAUAUACAUGGCUUGGUUUCUCUGCUUUAUGACCACCGUGACUGCUGCAGUGUUCACGUUAUUUUACAGUUUAAUGUGGGAAAAAGAGGUUGCUGAGCAAUGGCUCGCAUCCAUUCUUAUCUCAAAUGGACAAGAUGUUUUUGUUACCCAACCGACAAAGGUCAUGUUAGCAGUUCUCGGCGUUUCCUUCCUUUUGAGUAGAAAUAAAAAAGAAGACCAGCAAGAGAACAAAGUAGAAGAGGGGGACCCACCAGAUGAUGACAUAGAUUUCCUAAGUGAAAACCCUAAGCAACGCUUUAAAGAGAAUCUCAUGGAAAAAAUGCGUGUACGAAGCAAAAAAGAGGCUCAACUGACAAGUAUGGCGAGACAAAUCGUCCUCCAUUUAAUAUUUAUGUUUCUCCUGUCUAUCGUCUCUUACGGAAACAAGAAUGGAAAUCGUUUCUUAAUGACAAUCGCAACGAGGAAUUCUUUCACAAAGUUCGACCGGGUCACUGACUCAAAGAAACUGUGGGUAUGGAUGAGACAGGAGUUUCUGCCAAACAUUUAUGACCAAUCCUGGUACAAUGGCCUUGAAGAGAAAAAGGAUGUGUACAUCGCCAAUAAGAUGUCUAUUUUGAUUGGCAUGCCUUGGAUGCGACAAUUGAGAAUUCAUCAAAGUCCCUGUGAAUCAAUUCCUAAAAUUAUACCAAACUGCUACUACGAUUACUCUCCAGAGAUGGAGGAUACAACAGAAUUAAGCCUUCCCGGAUGGAGGCCACUUCCAGACAAUACAUCAUGGCCAGAGGCUCUUCGAAUCUGCCCAAAACCAUGGCGCUACCAGAAAGCUGAAAAGCUCGGCAUCGAUCCUGUCAAAGCCGUAUACAACACUUAUGGAGGAGGCGGUUACGUAGCCGUCUUGGGGUACGAUGCGCAAACAGCGCAUAGCGUCUUGGGUGAGACUAUGGGCCUUGGAUGGCUUGAUCGUCAUACCCGUGCUGUAGUUCUAGAAUUUGCAGCGUUUAAUAUCAAUACGAACCUGAUUAGCAUUGCUACAUUCAUCUACGAAAUGAUUGCGUCUGGUGCAGCCUACACUACAAUGAGGGUGGAUACACUUGAGCUGUAUACUACAGACGCGGGGGCAGUUAUGUUCUAUCUCAUUUGUCAGUUUUUGUUCUUGGCAAUGGUGUUGUUCCUCUUCAUUAUGAUGCUGUAUCACCUCUACCGACAGAGGUUUGCAUUUUUCAAAUCCGUCUGGAAUAUGGUGGAGUUCUUAAUGAUCAUUUCCUCUAUAACGUCCGUCAUGAGCUAUAUGAUAAGAUCCAAGAAAAUCUUGAACAGCAUUAAAGCUAUUCAGAAUAAUCCCUUCGAAAUAAUUCAUUUUUACUCUGCUUUAAACUGGGCAAACUGGGAGAACGCUUCCAUUGCCCUCGCCAUUUUCAUGGUAACAGUGAAGCUUUUGAAUUUGAUUCGUUUCAAUCCUUACGUCAUUUAUUUAUUUUCAUCGUUCCGUCAGUCUGUUGGGUACCAACUGUCCUACUUGGUUUUCUUCUUCAUAGUCUUCAACGCCUUCGUCGUAACGGGAAUGCUGCUGUUUGGUGGCGUGGUUCCCCAUUACUCCAGUUAUUUAUUCGCAGUUCUUUCACAAUUACAAUUUCUGUUAGGAAAAGCAGUCCCAAUUGCUCAACUUCGCGAAGAUAAACCCUUCAUCGGCUCAACCUUUGUUCUGUCAUUCAUGAUAAUGAUGACGAUAGUUCUUAUGAAUAUGCUGGUUUCUGUUCUAAACGAAUCAUACGCUGAUGCCCGGGAAAAUGCAGAAAGUGCAGAAGAGCUUGAAAUGGCGCACUUCAUUGGGGAGCGCUUCAUGGAGUUGUUUCAUGAAGAAAAAAAGCGACCAGAGUUAAGAUUAUUUUGUGAUGAUGCAACUUUUGUUAACAUGUGUCGCUCUGAUGCAGAACCAUUUUGCUUAAAUUUUAAAAGUCUCCUUAGGUGCACAGAGGAACGAUUACAAAAAAUAGAUAGAAGACUUAACGUCCUUACCAGACGCACAGAGGGCAUUGAUAUCGACUACCUGCGAGAGGAGAAAGAGUUUAUUUCUCUUGUUACCUCAAUCAUUAUUUCGCAUUAAGAUCAAGAUGAUCCGCUUCUUCCGGAUGCUGGCCAAUCAAAGUUGAGUAUUUUACCCCCUUCCAAGAAUGAAUCAAUCAUCGACGAGUAAGCAAAAUGACGACAGCUAAGUAUCAUGUGAUCAGACUACGUGCAGUCCCUGCUUUUCGGCGAAGUCCGUUGCACGAGUAAAAAUAAAAUCCGAAUAAAAUUGAUGUUUACGCGCCACACGGAAGCUAACAUCCAUUUUUUGUUCUCUGAUAUUUUCUUACUUUCUUUACUUUCUCACGAAAGCCAUUUGCUCGAAGAAGGGCUAACGCUCGAAACGUCAGCUUUGAAACUCUUUACGG